CCCAUACCCAAUCCACCCCAUACUCCAUCACAUACUCCUCUCUUACCAACUCCUACAUACAUACUACCACCCACCACCCACCAGACAAACAAACAAAAAGAAAAAACAACAGUAAACAUGGCGAAGAUGAUCACCCCAGAAAUCACCCACUCAAUCAGCACCAAAAAACACCAAUACUGCCGCUACGCCGACACAAACCAAUGGCACCUCAUGUCGACAAUCCUCGCCCCCAACCUCCGCGCCACCUUCGUCGACGCCGACGACCAAGUCAUCACCGAAGGCGGAGCCACAUUCUCAUUUGACUCCCGCGAUGCAUUCGUUGCCUUUUUCGCCGCGGCGUUCGAGACGCAGCAGACUAUGCAUGUUUUGUCUGGGAGUGGGGAGAUGACGAUGUCUUCCCCUGAGGGAGAGGAGGUGAAGACUCUCUGGGGAGUGGUGUAUCAGGCUGCGUCGAAGGAGGUCCAAGGCGGAUGGGCUGGGACCGGGGGUGGGCAUUACUUUGAGACGUGGAGGGUUGUGGAUGGGGAGUGGAUGAUUGUGGAGUUGAAGUUUCAGAGGAUUUAUUGGAAGGUGUGGUAACCUUCUUCUACUGUAUUCAGUUUCUUCAUUUGUUGACUUGAGGUAUGUUGAUAAGAU